AUGGUGGGGGACGACGACGACGACGUAUCGCAGCGCAGGGCUGAAGAAGAGCUGCGGCACCCGCAAUGUCAGCGGAUUACGUAUGGCGUGUUGCACGUCGCUCUCUGCGAUGCAGCGUUGGAUUCCCUAUUCCCCAUUGCCGCGCACGCCAGGAGGCAGGGCGUCGCCUCUGUCACUGUCGCAACUACACCGAGACCCUCUCAGACGUCCCACGAACUCGCGGCGAGGCCGUCCAAAAUAACCGUGCCAGCUGACGAGCCAAGCACCAAGCACCAAGCACCAAGCAUCAGGGUCCCCCCCUUCACCCACAUUCUCCAUCCCAACAUCUGCGACAUCGAUGGGGCGACAUCCUCCUCCGCUCCACUACUCGUCGAAGGCCCUCUGCGCACACCAGCAAGCGUACCCAGCGCUGUCCCUGGGGUUACAAUUGACAAUGGGACGCGCUACUCUGCGGGGAGCAGCGCAAGGAAUGGGGGAGGUAGUCGUGGAGCACGAGAGCGAAGGGAGUAG